AGCCAGAACGAGUCCGACCGUCGUACGGUACAGACCUCGCGAGUAUCUUCAUUAACAUUAUCCGUUCUAUUCUACGGAUUAUUUUUUUAGAUAUAUAUAUAUAUGUGUGUAUGUAUAUAUGUAUGUAUGUAUAUAUAUAUAUAUGUGUGAUUAUUUCCAAGUUUUUUAUUAAUUCUUCUUCUUCUUCUUCUUCUUCUUCUUCUUCUUUAAGAGAAGAAGAGAGAGAGGAAAAAAAUUUUGAGAAAAAGAAAGAGCCCAUCGUGAUUUUUUGAUACAAGAGACGGAGGAAGAUAGUGAUAUCUUUGAAGGAAAAAAGAAAAGAGAGGAUAAGAAGAUUCUUUUAUUCAAGAAAGAUUUACUCAAUGUGAUAGAAAAGGAAAGAGAGAAAGAGAGAAGAUAGUGAUAUAUCUCUGAAGGAAGAAAAGCUAGAGAUAUCGAAAAAGAGAUCUCCAUGAUUUGAAGAAGGAUUUAACGAGAUAAUAGCGUAACGAGAUCACAUGAAUGAAUAUUAGUGUCGACGGAUGAAGAAAGAGAAGGUUGAAGAUCGUGACAGAAAAGAAAAUUUCUUAGCUUGAAACCGGAAAGAUAAAGAAGAUAGUGUGUAUUAAAGAAGAAAGGAAGAUUAAGGAAAAAAGAGAUACAUAUAUAUAUAUACAUAUACAUAUAUACACAUAGAAAGAGAGAGAGGCAAAAGUGCGCGGGAAAAGUUACAAGCUGCCAUUUUGGUUGUAGUCAAAGAGUAAGUACCAGUAUAUACCGAAAUCGUGGAUCAAAUAAGAAAAAAUCAUUCGGAAAAGGUGAGUCCUCGAGCUAAUCGAGGAUCACAUAAACGUCGACGAAUAAUUUCGUCGUCGUCGUCAUCGUCAUCGUCAUCGUCGUCAUCGUCGUCGUCCUCAUCGUCACCAUCGAGGUCGUCGUCAAUAUCAACGUCUCUCUCAUCACUCUCGUCGUUUCAUCGACGACGAGAGCUCGCGCUCGGACAAGUGAAAAUAAAAGAAGGGGACGAGAUGCUGGCUACAUCGAUUUGUCGUGAGGUGCACUUCACUGUGUUACCACAAAGUAAUAAGACGAUGAACGCCGCCGCCGCUGCUGCUGCUGCUGCUGCUGCUGCCGCCUCAUCUCGUGUCUCACGUUGCUUAUUUGGAUCACCGAAUUCACGAGAAACCGCCGAUAUGCUUCAGGAGGCUCUCGACAACGAAAGAAAGAGUUUCACUAGGCGAUGGGGCGUAGAUCCAUGCUCCGAAAAUAAAGAAAAUGAUUGCCGAUGGAAAUUCCACGAGCAAAACCCGAAAAAACGAUCCAGUCCUUAUUCCAAGCAGACCAGUAUUCACGAUUAUUGGCGUGCUCGGAAGGCUGGAGAAUGUGGGAAGAAACCAUUAACAUCGUCGAGCGACAUAACGAAGCCGCAAGGUGUCGAACGAAGUCCUCGACGAAGUCCUCGAAGCCAUUAAAAAAAUAAAUAAAUAAAUAAGUAAAUAAAUAAAUAAAUAAAUAAAUAAAUAAUUCGAAUGGUUAAACCGACGAAUUAUAACUCGACUCGAUAUAAUUUAUCUCUACUAAUACUAAAUGACGUUUCCAAUAUUAUUACUAUUUUUUUAUUACUAGUACUAUUAUUAUUAUUAUAAUAAUAAUAAUAAUUAUUAUUAUUGAUUAAUGAUUAUUAAUUAUUAAUUACUCAUUAUUAUUAUUAUUAUUAUUAUUAUUAGUAUGUUCGAGUUGUAUAUUUAUUCUUUCGUACCGUCAUAAGACAUCAUAGUGCGAUCACUCUAAUUAUCGUUACUUUAUCAUUGUUUAGCGUUAAUGUACAUAAAUAAUUAAUUCAUAAAGAGGUAAAAGGACAUACACGUAUACACACACACACACAUGUAUAUUAUAUUAAAAAAAGAAAAAUGAAAAAAAAAAGAGAUAAACGCGAUUUAAUGGAGGUUUGAAUGGAUCGUCCAUGAUCUUUGAAAGUCGUGAUCGUGGCAGCUAUAUAUAUAAAUAAAAAGAAAGAGGAGAAAAAAUUAUACAUAUAUGACAGAAAAAGAAUUAAUUACGGAAUAUAUAUAUAUAUAUAUAUAUAUAUAUAUAUAUAUAUAUAUAUAAAAGGAAUAUAAUUCUCUCUGGACGAUCUUACAUAAUUUCGUAAAAUCGUCUUUCGAGAGAUUAAUAAAAAACAAAUAAAUUAAUUAAUCAAUUAAUCAAUCAAUCAAUCAAUCUGCCGAUCCAUGCUUUCGUUGUAAUAAUUAAUUCUAAGCAAAGGACGAUUCCACUGAAAGCCUGAAACUGUUCGUUCCAUAUUAUUUAGGAGCAACGAUACAGCACCUCCAAAGAUUUUAAUCUAUCUACAUACAUAUCUAUUUUAUCUUACCACAUAAGAGAGGGAGAGAGAGAGAGGGAGGGAGGGAGAGAGAGAGAGAGAGAGAGAGAGAGAGAGAGAGAGAGAGAGAGAGAGAGGAGAAAAAAAAGUCCUAUUUAUAAUCGACCAAUUAGGGUUUACUAGGAUUAGGGCAAAACUCUAGUCAUUUAGCCGUUUAAGUUAGAUGCGAAAAUAUAAUAAUAAUAAUAGUAAUAAUAAUAAUAGUAAUAAUAAUAAUAAUAAUAAUAAUGAUAAUAAUAAUAAUAAUAAUAAUAAUAAACAAGUGGCUUUUAUAAGUUUUCUUUUUUGCUUUGAUUUUCUUUUUCUUUUCCUUCAUUCAUUCAUCCCCUUCCCUCUCUCCCACCCUUCAAAAUUUUUUCUAAUUUUUAUAUACUUAAAAUUUCUCGAUAAAAAAUAACGAGGAAGGAAAAAAGAAGACGAUGAGAAUGAAGAAGAAAAAUAGGAUUUUAAAAGCUUCAAAAAGAUAUCGUUCGAUUUGGAAAGAUUAGAAAGUAAUAAAUUUCUUUUCACUUUCAACGAAGAAGAAAGACGAUACGUUUUCGCAGUUCCUUUUUUCGAAAGUUAAAAAUUUUUUUUUUUUUGAGUUGUUAAUAGCGCUAGAAUUAAUAUAUUCGUUAUUAUUACUAUUG